AUCACUGCUCAUAAAAGGGCGACAUGAAUCCCUUUGAAGUCUGAGAGUUAACAUGAUGUCUCAAGCAUGUUGGGAUUAGCGUGGCAGGGCGCAAGAACAUCACCUAGUUCAUUAUCUCUGGCUGGAUAAACUCAUGCAGGGGCGACUAUUUACUGAAACAACCUGUAAAAGUGUCGGCUGGUGUUUGCUGAGGCUAAGGGCUGCACUGGGGCUGGACGAGUGGCUCGUUUCUCACUCUCAGCUGAAUCAUCCCGUCAGAGACGUGCUCCCCCUUUGUUCUGCGGCAUAGGAACGCGAAAGCUCUUUACUUUGAAAUGCACCAGCCCUGCUCGUCCUUCCCGCUCGGCCGCUGGGGCCUGGAUUGCAAACCAACCAGCCACUUCCCCGGCCCUGCCCCGCCUUUCUGCCCCGGGCCUCCGGCUCCCACUCGCUGGUUUCGUCCCGAAAUGAAAUCAGGAUCAAUUAAUUUACCCCCCCGCCCCGGUCUGCCCAGGACAUGGUCAAACGAGUGGGCCCGGGGGGUCUGCGGUGCAAAGCCAAGCCUCGGGGAGGGAGUUUCUGGUCGUUUGCUAAGGUGGGGGAGCCCCGGUGCGGCCCGACAGGUCAGCAGCUCCCUUGGCGGCUCUGGAAGAGGUCGCACAGUGGCUCGGCCUCCAUUUCCCCGCCAGACCAAGUCCCCUGGCCCCGGCUCGCUCCUGCCCCUUCCCUGCUGCCAGAGCCGGGGCUGCCCGCGCACACCCUGCCCCUCCCGCCGCGCGGCCUCGGGCUGGGGACGCGGGGCGGCAAAGCGGCCGCUGCGGCGGGGUGGGGGCGGGGGAAGGGGGCCCGGGGCCUUAUCAGCCGCCGGCGGAGCAGAGGUGAACUUGGCGCCAGGGCCGGCAGCCCCAGGCCCGCCAGCCCCCGCACUGCUCGGAUGUAACAAUCACCUGAAAGGGGAGAUUAAAGCGCCUCGCGCCCGGGCCCUUUGUUCUCGGCCGCAUUUGAUGCCCCGCGGCCCCCUCCGAGCCCGGCGCGGGAGAAGCUUUAAAGGUUUGGCCCCGGCGCGGGGCCGCCCAGUGCCCGCCGCCCGCCGCAUGGACAAGGGGCCCUUCUCGGUGCAGUGGCUCGCGCAGAGCAGCCGCCGGGCCCCGCCCGGGGCCGCCCGGGACAGCCCGAGCUUGCCUCGGGGCGCCCCGCCGAGCCCAGCGCCGCCGGGUGCCCCGCGGGAGCAGACGGGCCGGAGCAGCCCCCCGGGCCGGCCCCGCACCAAGUUCUCGACCUCGCAGCUGCAGGAGCUGGAGAGGAGCUUCCAGGAGCAGCGCUACAUCGGCGCCAGCGAGAAGCGGCGGCUGUCCAAGGUGCUGAACCUCUCGCAGACGCAGAUAAAGACUUGGUUCCAGAAUCGUCGCAUGAAGUUCAAACGUCAAACCCAAGAUGCCAGGGUUGAAGCUCUCUUUUCAGGCUUGUUUGUACCAUAUCACUGUUACCCAGAGAUCCAGACAUCUAGCUAUCCCCAUGGGAUGGAGUUCAAUAUUGCUUCUUCUUCAUCUGCUGCAGUUCCCUGUGUUUCUCUUCAUACACCUAUGCCAAGUCCAGCCCUGCUAUUGCCUCCUGCUCCAACACAGUCUAUCCAAGCAGUUGUGCCAAGCCCAGCUCUCCUGCUGCCUCCUGCUCCAGGAUUUUCUUCUUACCCAUCUGCAAUUUCACCAGUGUCUCUAACCAAGGAUCCUAAUAGAUUGAGAUUCCAGCCAUACCUGCCUUCCUCCUAAACAUGCCUAGAAAUGAACUACCCCAAAUCAUGAGAAGUACUUAUUUAUUUUGUUAUCAUAUAACAAAAAUGAGUGAUGAAAUAUUAUCUUUUUCAAAAAAUAUGAUUAUUCUAUUGUCUGUUCAGUCUUAUAGUGUCCUUUAAUGGUGUUAGAAGAACACAGACAAAUCAAGCUAAAGGACUGGCCUGGCUCAAAAUGCUGGUAGUUAAAGUGUAAACUUUUAUUGAGGGUGGGAGGAUAUCUGGGAACCUACCCAUUUUUUCUUCCUGGCUCAUUUAUGUCACAAGCUAUCAAGCUAUCAUAAAAUAUUUCAGAAUAAUCUAAAAGUAUCAAACAACAUUUGGAAUAUGGUAUAGAAUUGCCUCUACUACAUUACUACUACUCUUUCACCAUACAAACUGUAAUAAUGCACCACUUGUAUUGCACAUAAGCAGGUUUUUUUUAAUUUGCUAAUGUGCCAAAAUAUCAGAACAAAUAGAUGUAGUUUAAUUAAUACUAAUGGCAAAAAAGUCAGAGUUUGAGUCAUGUAGUUAGUUCAUGACAGAAAGCUGGGGGUAGAGAGGUGAGACUUGUUUGACAAGCAUUUACACAGUGAGAAGAAUAAGGUAUUAGUUCCCAGGACUGAUUUUUUUUUUUUAAAUCAGUAGAAGUAAAAAAUAGUCCUUUACCUUGUCUAUGACAAUAGGAUUUUGUGUAUGUGCACAUACAUGUGUGUUAAAGCAAUUGUUUUAGAGCAAUUUCUAAGGGAAGUUUUUAAUAUCGCUUUUCUUUUUAAUGAUGAUGGUUGCAUUGAGGUGAAAAUGGUGACAAAAUGCAGGAUAUUUUAAGCUAGAGAGGUGACUUGUCUUGAAUAUAUUGUGCAAGGUCUUUGGAAGAUAGAAAUAGUAUUCAUAUUUCUUGGUUUUCUGAGCCUUAAGUAUACAAAUAAUCUCAGGAAACUAAUAUAAUUUUAGCAAAUAAGGGAAGCUUUGUAUUACAUAAGUACCUAACAUUUGGAUUAAUCCAGCUACUUAGUAUUUUCAUACAUAAACUUGAAACAGAUGGUAUGACGUAUCAGGAAAAUGGAAUAUUUUAAAACUAUGAAUUAAUUUUGGCAAUAUAAUGCACUGUUGCAUCUUUAUAUCUAUAUAAACCUGUGCAAGAGUGAAGCUCAAAAAAGGGGGCUUGUUCAAUUAUUUAAUGUAUGGGCUGAGCAGAGGUGGAUUAAUAAUGCUGUGAUAGUUCUUUGCAAUGCCACCUUGGAACAUGGCAGCUGAUCAAUUCUGAAGUUUCAGGGAAUGGCCCAAGUAUUAGUAGUUACAUACACACAUUCUGUAUACAGUGCUAGCUAGGAAGCCCUGCUCUGCAGGUAGUCAGCCUCCUCCAUUCUCUGCCUCUACACCCCCCAAUUGUCUGCUGCUGCCUAUCUCUACCAGACAGGUGCUUAACAUACCGCAGUGGGAGAUGGGCCAGAGCAACACCACCUUGGAACUUGGCAGAACACUAAGAAGACUAACAGAAAUGAGAAUUUGAUGGUGAUGGGUUGGGGAGAGAACUCCUGCUGGGGAUGUAGAAGUGGGGAAAGCUAGGGCUGGAAGAAAGCAAGGACAGGUACAAACUGUAUUGGCAAUAGGGGAAGAAUUAAAGAAGGAUCAUAAGAUGGGUUAUGACGAAGGCGGUGCAAGAGGAAUGCAAAGGACACAGAUUUUAAAUACGAUGGCAGGAUGCUUGUGGGAGAACUAAAGACAAGAAAGGAGCUCCCAUACUCAUCCCAGCUGUGACCCCCUCCCCUCCAACAUACUUGAGGCCAGGAACUGGAUUCCUGAAACUCAGAUUUUCUUCCCACUUUACAACUUCCCACAGAGAAAACACCUUCCUCACAAAAAUGUCCUGGUUACCCUGCCAUGGGUAGCCACAGCCUGCAGCACCCUGGCUCAGGGGUUAGGAUGGCAGGGGAGGGGUACUCUGGAGUCUGCUGGUUGCUUCUUUUCCCUGCUGUA